AAGUUGCGAGUGAUUUUAAAUCCUGAUGACACCAGGAAGCUAAUUCUGCCUGGUGGAAUUCCAGAGACUGUGGAAGAGCUUUUAAACCAAGUGAGGAAGAUGUGUGGAGUAAAUGGCAAGUUUAGACUACAGUACCAAGAUAGAGACUUUAGUGAUGCACUAGUGAACUUGACAUCUACUAGUGAACUUGAAAAUGUGGCAACUAUCAAGGUCAUCCCAGUAACUGAUGAUAGCCAAGCCAUCCCUGGAUGUAAUGAUGUAGAGUCUACUCAGACAGAUGACACAGAGCUCCUGUCCUCACCUUCCAGCUCUGUCUCUACAAGAACCCAGAUGUGGCCAAGAGAGUUUCCAAUGCCAACGUUCUCCUAUGACACUGAACUGCAGUUAGAAAAGGCAAAUGCAGUGUAUCGGUCAAACAAGAGACCACUCACAGCAAGUCCUAAAACAAUAACAGAUAUUCUAAAAAAGGUAGCUGAAGAGAUUUACAAGUAUAAACCCUACCCAACAGAUGCUGACUUCAGUGCUGUAGCCGAAGCACUAAUCAAGAAGCAUCCAUGCCUCUAUGAACCUGGUUCGUACAAUGGUUGCUAUGGAUGGAAAUGUCGGCUGAAGACAAAGAUGGGCAACUACCGAACUCAGCUAAAGGGCAUUGGAUGUGCUGAAUUACUUGCAAAUUCACUGAAGUACAAAGGUGCGGAGGAUGCAUUGCCAGCAAAAAACGUGAAGAGACCACGGAGAGGAGAAGCCAACCACAUUCCUGACAUUCCAACUGGAGAGACUCAAGAUAUUUUGGAAGCUGAGAGAGUGACACUUCUGAGCGAAGCAAAGAAGCGAAACAAUCGUGCAUUGAUCAAGAAUAAAAUGGACAAGACUUUUUCUCUGCGAAGACAGGAAAUUGUGACAAAGGAACUAGGAGUGGAACAGGUGAAAGAAAGAUGGCCUGCAUUGUUCUCAGUGGACGAGAUCAAUGCUGAAUUUAUGAGGAUUACUACUGUUCCACUUCAACCACGAUUCCUGGCCUCUUUGGACAAGCACCAUGGUAAGCUGAUGGAGAUCAUCAGGAACAAGGGAGGAGCUAUCAGAGAGAAGACACGCGAUGUAUUGAAGGUUCUUGAUCAGAGCCUAGAUGUGAGCCUAAAGAGAGAGUGUCUGCUGAAGUGCCUCAUCUUGUACCUUGGGGAAGAUGUACAAAAACUGAUCAAGGAGUUUCUGGGUGCACAUGCUACUGUUGAGCGGAAGGGGGUGAGCGUAGUCACUACAGCCGCAGCACAGAUGUACUGUGCGGUGCGCUGCUAA